AUGAUUGGGAGAAUCACAGUCCAGGAUAUGUGUCGACUUCACCACCUUGGGUCGUUUCGACAUAUUCUUAACUGCCUUCUUUUGUUGCUGAUCCAGGAGGAAAUACUUUGUUGUCCAUCUGUUUGCCAGCAGUGUACAGGCAGACAAGCCAACUGCCGUAAUGCAGGUCUUUCAUCUAUUCCGAAGAAUUUCCCCCAAAGUACUAUAUUCAUAUAUCUAAGUGGGAAUAAUAUAUCUUGCAUAAAUCCUAAUGAACUGAUAGGGCUUCAGCAUCUUGCUGUGCUACACUUGGAUAAUUCUGGAAUUUUAAAUGUGUAUCCAAAAGCAUUUUCUAAAUCUAAGAACCUGUGGUACCUACAUCUGAAUAAUAAUCAGAUUAAGCGUUUGGAUCCUGGAACAUUUGAAGGACUUUCAAAUCUUCGUUCUUUAUACCUGCAAAAUAAUAACAUUGCUUUUGUUCCAAGAGGAUUGUUUAGUGAUCUCACUUCAGUACGAUACCUAACGCUUCAAAGCAAUCGCCUCAGUAUCCUUGGUAGUGGUACUUUCUUGGGAAUGAUUAGUCUUCGGGUUCUUAACCUAGCCAACAAUCAGAUUUCACGGAUAUCAGAUGCAGCAUUUUGUCACCUUGACAACCUUACAUGUUUGUACCUUGAAAGUAACAAUUUAACGCGCGUGCCACCAAAUGCUUUUGUAGCACUGAGCAGUCUUGAAAAACUUUCCUUGUCACAUAACCCGAUUGGAUCAGUCCCUCCCUUUGCAUUUAGAGGACUUGACAAGCUCAAAUAUCUCUCUUUAAAAAGGGCCAACAUAAACUUUAUCGAUGUGAAUGGAUUUGGGGGGUUAAUUCAUCUUAAAAAGUUAGUUUUGAGCAAUAAUAAUAUAGAAAAUGUCAAUUCCGAUACUUUUGCAUUGUUGAAUAAUUUAAUGUUUCUGCAACUUGACAGAAACAAAAUAAUCAAUAUUGCAGAUAAUGCAUUUGCAAAAAUUGGAGCAUCUUUGAAGAUGCUGAAUCUAGCAUUUAAUAAUCUUACAGAUAUGCAGCCUGGAGUUCUCAAGCCUUUGGUUUCAUUAACUCACUUACAAGCAAAGUACAAUCCUUGGAAUUGUAGCUGCAGGUUACUUGGUCUAAUUACUUGGCUAGUGUCUUCUUCAGUCUCUGUCAAUAUUCAUUGCCAGUAUCCUUCCAGUUUGCGUGGAAGACAUUUGAAUUUUGCUAAAUGGGACUUGUUUCCAAACUGUUUCAACAGUUCCACACCACCUGAAACAAUCAAGGAUAUCAAACCAGCAGGUAUUCACCACAGCACCACUACUUUAUUGAUGGCAUGGGAUAAAAACCCCUCAAGCAGUUCUGUUUACAGACAUUUAAAGAAUGUGGAUGCGGAUACAGUGAGUUUAUGGACAGAAAUACCUACCACAUCUGCUAAUCAACACCUUUCUGAAGAGCAUUCUGUUGGGAAGUUCAGACUGGCAACUACAGUGUUUUCAUUGUUAACUGUGGAGAUACCAGCACAGAAUAUACCUGUUAAUUUUACUAUGGAAGAGAGCGGAGCAUUUCCCCCAGAAGCUGCUUCUGUGUCAUUUAAAUCCUCUCUAAUCUGUACACAGCAGGUAGAAAAACUGACUCGGGCUUUUGACAUUUUAUUAACCCUUUUUAUUUUGGCUUGUGCUGUUAUCUUCUUUUUGAUUUACAAAAUGAUUCAGUUUAGACAGAAGCUUAAAAUGCAAAAGAGCUCUGACAGUGGAAUAGAUUACUAUGGUUUUUAUCAGGCUGGUAGAUACCGUGUAACUGAUCCACUUCAGUCUGUGCCACAGAAUCCACUGGGAAGUUCAGAACUGGACAAUAUUCAUCUUCCUAAAGCAACAACCGUACUUGAAAGUUCAGCACAGGUCAUCUUAUUUGAACACUCAGCUUUAUAG